AUGGCCAAAGCCCGCGCGUCGCUCCAGCGACAAGCAGAAGAGCUAGACAUCCACCACGAUGACGUGAAGGAAGGUGAUCCCGAAGACACUCUAGACGAAAGCGCCGACCCGCUCGAGGAGAGCGGGCGCACGAUUGACACGAGCGAGGACGAAGAGGUGGACGACAUGGUCUCUGAGGACAUCGAACGCUUCGAGAACAGCUUCGUGGGCAUCAACAAGCGCUAUCGACUGAUCAACCGCAUCGGAGAAGGCACCUUCUCAACAGUAUACAAAGCUGAGGACCUGGAGUACUACAAGUACAACAAUCGCUGGGAUGUCGACGAGCGCGAGCGACGCAAGUGGUCGUCACCAGCGAGCAAAACCAAACGUUCGGCACGAAAGCCCCAUUAUGUGGCCAUCAAGAAGAUCUAUGUCACAAGCAGUCCGAUCCGCAUCUUCAACGAGUUAGAACUGCUCUUCGACCUCAAGAAUUCCGACUCGGUAUGCCCCCUGAUCACCGCGUUCCGCCACCAAGACCAGGUCGUAGCCGUAUUGCCCUACUUUCAGCACCAGGAUUUUCGCGACUACUACAAGGAUAUGAAGGUAUCCGAGAUGCGGCUGUACAUGAAGAGCCUGUUUACUGCGCUGCGUGAAGUACACAAGAAGAAGAUUCUGCAUCGUGAUGUUAAACCCACGAACUUUCUCUACAACAAGUGGCAGACUCGCGGCGUCCUCGUUGACUUUGGCCUUGCCGAGCGGGAGGGAACCGAGUGGCAUCAGUGUAACUGCACGCUCCCAUCUGACGAGCGACGCUACAGAAUCGCCCAUAGUGUUUAUGCGCAAAACCAGCAGGCCGGACAUCAGACGACCAGUUACCCAAAGAACGACACGCGUGGCAGCCGUCGCGCAAAUCGCGCCGGAACUCGUGGAUUUCGUGCGCCAGAGGUGCUCCUAAAAUGCACACAGCAGACCACCAUCAUCGACAUGUGGAGUGCUGGUGUCAUACUUCUCACCCUCUUGACUCGUCGAUUCCCCUUCUUCCACAGCACCGACGACAUUGAUGCACUCUUGGAGAUCACUACGAUCUUUGGACGGAAGAAGAUGAAGGAGGCUGCUCUUCUGCACGGCCAAGUCUUUGAGACCAAUAUCCCAAGCUAUAGUGAGCAUGGCCAUAGUCUUGAAAAGAUCAUCCUCUGGUGCACAGGCCGCACCGAUUCUGACAAGAAUGCGCCAAAAAAGGAGCUCGACGAGGAAGAGAAGGAAGCCGUAGCUUUCCUUCACAAACUCUUGGAGUGCGAUCCUACCAGGCGUAUCACAGCAGAUGAGGCUUUACGACAUCCCUUCAUUACGAAAGCAUACGAGGAUAGUGAGGCGGAUGACGACAUGGUAGACCUCAACGAGGUCUGA